CGUAACGACGCGUGCCUCUAGUGGCACCGUGGAAGGAUGGUCGUCAGACGCACGCAGAUGCACGGCUUUCUGCACUUGCUUCCCAUCCAGCUCAAACUAGAAGAUUUUUUUUAAUACGAACACUUUGUAACAAGGAGCCUUUUUGAACAGAUUUGGACGUUCUUCAAUAAUCAACCUUGUGCCAUCACCGUGCGCAACUGGAGAGGAGCGGAGCGGAGCGGAGCGGAGCGGCUGCACCUUCACAAAGUACCUCUGUGUUUAUUAACAGUUUCCAUGACUGGAAUGGGAGACUGUGAUUAAACUGCAAUACGCAUUUUUUGAAUGUGCGUUCAUAUCCCUCAGCAGUCAGCACUCAUCGUGUGACGCUUUCUUUGUUUCUCUUUCGGGUGACCGAAUCGUUCGAGGCGACCCAAAGUUCCGCAGGCGCAGUUCUUCUCCUCCACAGGGGUGCGGGAGUCCGGCUCGGCUGUUGCCGUGGUACUUGCCAGCAGACAGAUAGCAUCAGCAGUAAGAGGGGAUACAGAGACUCCUGCAGGCUAAUUGUAGCAGCCUGCGGUCGCAGGUGUAUUACUGAUCCGCCUGCAAGGGACUGGGGGCUUCAUUCUGAUCGAGCCGCUCUCAGACUUGUAAGUAACAGGAAAAAAAGGAGAAAAAAAAAACUGACAGAAUGUUGCACCAAGUACAAUGACCGCAAAUUUGUCGCAGACACCAAAAUCCAUAUGUGCUCCCCCGAAUUCACUUUUGAUGAGCAAUUCUGAGUCGUCUUUGGAAUUUUAAAAAGUGGAUCACGCGACUUUACAACCAUGCGAAAUACUUGUCUGUCUCCCCGGAGUGCGAUUUGGGAAUACUGGACAUCGCUGAUUGCAUGUCUCUUGUGGAUUCACUACUCUAACGGGAUGCCUCAUGUUAUUCGAAUAGGUGGGAUUUUUGAACAAACAGAUGGACUUGUUUCACUUGUUAGUGCUGAGGAGCUUGCCUUUAAAUUUGCUGUCAAUAACAUUAACAGAAACAGAACUUUGUUGCCAAACACAACAUUAACAUAUGACAUACAGAGGAUUAAUAUCUACGACAGUUUUGAGGCGUCAAGAAAAGCUUGUGACCAGCUAUCUUUAGGUGUGGUUGCAAUAUUUGGACCCUCACAUAGUUCUUCGUCAAAUGCUGUGCAGUCCAUCUGCAAUGCGUUGGAAGUGCCACACAUCCAGGUGCGGUGGAAACAUCACCCCAUGGACAACAGGGACAGCUUUUAUGCCAAUUUAUACCCGGAUUACUCUUCACUAAGCUAUGCUAUCUUGGACCUGGUGCAGUUUCUCAAAUGGAAAACAGCCACUGUUGUCUAUGAUGACAGCACAGGUCUCAUAAGACUACAGGAGCUUAUAAUGGCCCCAUCCAGGUACAACAUUAGGCUAAAGAUCCGUCAGCUUCCUCUUGACACACAGGAUACGAGACCACUUCUUAAAGAAAUGAAGAGAAGCCGGGAGUUUCGGAUAAUCUUUGACUGCAGUCACCACAUGGCCGCACAGAUUCUCAAACAGGCCCAGACCAUGGGGAUGAUGACAGAGUAUUACCACUAUAUCUUCACCACUCUGGACAUGAUGGCCAUUGACCUGGAGCCAUACCGCUUCUGUGGUGUCAAUAUGACCGGCUUCCGCAUCCUUAAUGUGGAAAAUCCCCAGGUCGCAUCCAUUGUGGAGAAAUGGUCGAUGGAAAAGCAGAUGACGCCUAAACCUGACUCAGGCCUCCUGGAGGGCAUCAUGACGACAGAUGCGGCUCUGACCUAUGAUGCAGUCCACAUUGUAUCCGUCUCAUACCAGCACGCUCCACAGAUGACGGUAAACUCGCUGCAGUGCCACCGCCACAAACCCUGGAGAUUCGGAGGGCGCUUCAUGAGUUUUAUCAAAGAGUCCCACUGGGAUGGUUUGACGGGGAGACUGUCAUUCAACAAGACAAGUGGUCUUCGAACAGACUUUGACCUGGAUAUCGUCAGCCUAAAGGAGGACGGACUUGAAAAGGUGGGGAAGUGGAGUGUGUCGGGAGGUCUUAACAUCACAGAGGUGCCAAAGCGAAAAGGGAUGAACAUCACUGAUUCCCUGGCCAACCGCUCCCUUGUCAUCACAACUAUUCUGGAGGAGCCAUACGUCAUGCUUAAGAAGUCUGACAAGGCACUGGUUGGGAACGACCGUUUUGAAGGAUUCUGCAUUGACUUGCUCAAAGAGCUGGCCAAUGUCCUGGGCUUCACGUAUGAGAUCCGCCUCGUGCCUGAUGGGAGAUAUGGCUCUCAGGACGACAAGGGCCAGUGGAACGGCAUGAUCAGGGAACUUAUAGAGCAUAGAGCAGACUUGGCAGUGGCUCCUCUCACCAUCACCUACAUGCGUGAAAAGGUCAUCGACUUCUCAAAGCCCUUCAUGAGCAUGGGAAUAAGCAUCGUGUAUCGCAAACCCAAUACCACCAACAACGGCUUCUUCUCCUUCCUGAACCCCAUGACUCCUGACAUCUGGGUCUACAUCCUCUUGGCCUACCUGGGUGUUAGCUGUGUCCUUUUUGUCAUUGCCAGGUUCAGCCCGUAUGAAUGGUAUGAUGCUCAUCCUUGUAACCCCGGAUCAGAUGUGGUGGAGAACAACUUUACCCUCCUCAACAGCUUCUGGUUUGGAGUUGGUUCUUUAAUGCAACAAGGCUCAGAACUGAUGCCCAAAGCCCUGUCGACCAGGAUCAUCGGUGGGAUCUGGUGGUUCUUCACACUCAUAAUCAUAUCCUCGUAUACGGCAAAUUUAGCAGCUUUUCUCACUGUGGAGAGAAUGGACUCGCCUGUGGACUCAGCCGAUGACAUCGCUAAGCAAACCAAGAUUGAGUAUGGUGUGGUCAAAGAUGGCGCAACCAUGUCUUUCUUCAAGAAAUCUAAGGUUUCUACUUUUGAGAAGAUGUGGGCCUUCAUGAGCAGCAAGCCAAGCACAUCACUGGUAAAGUCUAUCGAGGAUGGGAUUCAGAGGGUGCUGAAGUCAGACUAUGCCCUUAUUAUGGAGUCUACAACUAUUGAUUACAUUACCAGGAGGAACUGUAACCUUACUCAGGUGGGAGGGAUCAUCGACAGCAAAGGCUAUGGCAUCGGCACUCCCUUAGGCUCCCCUUACAGAGACAAAAUCACCAUAGCAAUCCUAAGCAUCUUGGAGGAUGGGCGCCUACACAUGCUGAAGGAGAAGUGGUGGAGUGGGAGCAGCUGCUUGGAUGAAGAGCGUCAUGAGACAGGCCCCAUGGGUAUUCAAAACCUGGGUGGUAUAUUCAUUGUGCUGGCAUCUGGCCUAGUGCUGUCUGUCUUUGUGGCGAUUGCUGAAUUCAUUUACAAGCUAAGGAAGACUGCAGAUCGUGAGCAGAGGUCUUUGUGCAGUGCCAUGGUGGACGAGAUCAGACUGUCGUUCACCUACGAGAGACGGGUGAAACACAAGCCUCAGCCUCCAGCCAUGGUGAAGACGGAUGCAGUGAUCAAUAUGCACGCUUACAACGACCGACGACUCCCAGGAAAGGACAACUUGAGCUGCAGCACUGGGAUGACUCCUGUGUUCCCAUGACUAUGUGCUCCCCACAGGGCAAGAACCUCCUGAGUAACGUGUCAGGGGCCAUGCCAGAGACUAGAGACAAUGGCAUAGAUGGAAUCACCAGAUUCACCAUAAACCACAGUGACAUAGGGACACUAACAAAACAUGGGCAUCUCAAAAUGGCAGCAUCAGCCACACAGGUAUGACAACAUUUACCACUGUAUUCCAAAUCACAAGAAGUUAAAAUAAUAACUGGGGGGGGCGGGGAGGGUUCUGGGAAAACAGUACACCCAAAUGAUCAGUUUCAAGUCUGAUGUUUACGUGCGCAACACAAAAACACAAGAAAAUACACAUUGUUCAAGGAAUGCUCAAUCAGUGAAAAGACUGAGAAUUAUAUUAAAAUGAUGGACUGAAGAAGAAGAAGAAAUGCUUUGUUAAAAAUGGCAAUAAAUGACAGAUAUACAUAGAGGACAAGGAAGAGCAGUUUUCAUUGGAGACCUGUUUUGCCACACAUUAAUAUUAUGAUUUCAAGUUCUCACCUUUAUCCUGCUAAUUUACAUAACCUCCCGAAUGGCCUUUGAAGGCAGAAAAUAACGUUAUGGUUAUCUUUGAGUCAUAAGCUGAAGGAUAUAAGACAGGAUCUUUUGAAAGCAUGGUUCACAGGUACACAUGUGGUAACCUGUAAGAAAACUCUUUUAGUAUCUGCAGUAUUGUUGUUGUUGGAAACCCAUAGAGACACAACUGUUCAGCAGUAAAUAUAUGUUUGUUAAAGUUGUCAUGUGAAAUUAACCAUAUUGUUAGACACAAGCAAAUACUCACUGAUGCAGAGAUUGAUUUGAGCAAAAGUACAUUUUAUGUCAAAAUGAUUUGUACAUGAUUGUAUUUUAAUCAGUUUAAUAUUGAUUGCCAAAGAUCUGAUCAUUCAACAGAACUAGAUACAGUAGAGUAUAGGCCAGUUCCUUCUCUUUUUGUUUUAGAGAGCACUAAUCUUGCGCUCAUUGCAAAGUAAAUUGAAGUGGUUUAAAUGGGACUAUUAAAGAAACUUGCUAUAAAAGUUUUUCCAACCAUGAAGGGUAAUAUUUUUACAAAGUGAAUUGCUAUUGGCGCAGAAGUGGCACUGUAUUUGCUUAAAAGUACAGUAUUGCUAUUAACACUGUCAUGUAAAACAAUCCUUGUAAAGGAAUAUUAAAAAAAAUCACAUAACCUUGAUCCUGUGUAAUUUGAAAAAUGAUAAAUCACGAGAAUAUUGAGCUAUUAUAAAAACCAAUUUCAAAUGUUGGUGCUCACAUUUGAUACAAAUAGUAGCAUGUCUGCACAUACAUACUGUAUAUGUACAUACAAAAACAUGUAUACAUGUGUAUGUGCAGGCUGGGAUUGGAAGGCAUUGGAUCAGUUUUUUUCUGUAUUUUGAUUUAAUAACUAAUUGUAAAUCACAGAGACAAAAUGUAAGAGACUGUGACCUAAAAAGUAGAGUGUUUUUUUUUAGUGCAUUUAAUUGUGACGUAUCCAUCAAAGUAUCCGCAGGACUUGUGUGGCUACAGGACCAUUGAAUGUCCAAAAUAAUUCUAAACACAUUUUUGAACAGUUCAUUUUUCAGGUGUGAUCUAGAGGGUUAGAGGGAAACCUUUUGUUUUGCAUUAUGAGCAUUCUUAAUACUGAGCGUCAUUUUGAUUUUAAAUGUUAACAGACUUUUGAAAGUUAUCUCAGACUUGAAAGUUCUGUUUCAUUACCUGAUGUGGACAGAGUUAAAUUCAUAGGUGUAGUGUAUGAACAUGCGGAAAGAUAAUGUGGUGAAUAGACAAAAGACAGAUGAUUAUUUUGUGUGGUCAUGUUGGCUUUAAUGCCCAUUGAGUAAAUGUACCUAUUCAGCAAAUGUCAUGAUGUAGGAAGACUCGAGGAGUCGGUGAGCUGCUGUCACCCAGGAGCCGAACAAACAGCAAACCUCUGUGAGGUUUAUGUUGUCGAUACGUCAAGAUUAAAAAAAACUUAACUACGUGAUUCAAGAAAACUCCAGAAAUCUGUAAAACUUAGCCUUGGUUUGGUAGAGACCACUGUAUAAUUGUCUAUGGAUCCCUUCAAAGUAGAGUAUGUAGAUAAGAUCUGCAGGAAAAAAAAAUGUAUUUUGCUAAAUUUAUACUGUAAUAAAUUAAUUCUGUUCACAGUCAAAUGUUAUAGAUGGUAUUUAUUUCAUUAGAGAGGUCACUUUAACCUACUGUACUUCUUCACUUUACCCCAGUUCCACAGCCCCAAACCUUAUUUAUUUAAUUAAAAUGCAUUAUAUUAUGGUAUAUUGGAUUACUAUCAUUCAGAUGGGUAACUGUAUGUAAAUCGUCUUUUAUGAUGGCUGACAGAGUCCUAUAAGGUGAACAUAAAAUGGAAAUGAGGAGCUUCCCCAAGAAUUUAGGGGACAUAUCUUAGAAUAGGGAGAAUAGGGUUUAUCUUGUGUAACUGGACCUUUACAGCUCUUGAAAUCCCAAUUAGGACCUGGUUGUACAAUAUUAAUGUUACCCUAAUGUGUACUGUAGCUUUCCAUGCAGGUGAUUCAAAGACUCAAGUUUGUUUGUAUUUCACCUAUGUAAUAUGUGAAAAUAAUUGAAAAUUUCACCACAAUCAAAAUUAGUUGGACUUACAACAGGGUUCUGAUUUGGCUGAUUCAGUCAGUUUGGUUACUGAAUAUAUAUCUUUUUUUUUUAUAAAUUAAUGUGAAUAAUAAUGUCAUUUUACACAAAAAUUGUAUGACAUGUGAGAGAAAAGUAAUGCAAAAUGUAAGCUACAUGACCUGUGUUCCAUUAGCAGUGUGUGAUAUGAGUUCUGAUUUUCCAGCAGUCACAACAGUAUGCCUUUGUAUGCAUACCUUUCUUUUGAGUUGCACAGCUUCUAUUAUUAGGCAGAAAACCUCUCAAACAAUACAAUGACUAUGUUGGUGCCAACCAGGGUUUUCUUUGUGGACAUGCAGAAUUUCUAUGAAUAUAGUUUUUGUAAGGUUUUGUAAAAAAAAAAACGGGAAAAAAACUUUUGUUUUCCUAGUAACUUUAUGUGUUAAGAGAACAUUAGAAUAACCCACAUCUGAGUAAAACAUAUGAAAAAUUCAACAAAAUACUAUAGAAAAGCUAUUGAAUUAUUUUCUUUUUAAACACAUUGUGAAUAAUUCAAUUGUACAGUUUGCUGUAUGGGUUAUAUGAAGAUUUAAAUAAAAAAUACAAAACUAUA